AUGGUCAUGGUCAUGAUUCCCGGUCUCGGCUUCCUCUACUCCGGCCUUGCUCGUCGAAAAUCGGCAUUGAGUAUGAUCUGGGCCUGUAUGGCGUCUUUGUCCGUCGUUACGUUUCAAUGGUACUUCUGGGGCUACUCGCUUGCUUUCUCGCCAACCGCCACCAACGGAUUCAUCGGUAACCUUCGCAACUUCGGCUUGAUGAAGACUAUGGCCGACCCAAGUCCCGGCUCCCCUCUGGUUCCAAACCUUCUUUACGCGUUCUAUCAAAUGCAAUUCUGCGGAGUCACGGCUGCUAUCAUCAUGGGAGCGGUUGCAGAACGUGGUCGCCUGCUCCCCGCGAUGGUGUUUGUUUUCAUCUGGGCGACAAUCGUCUACUGUCCUCUCGCCUGCUGGACAUGGAAUGUGAACGGAUGGGCGGCCAAGUACGGGGUGUUGGAUUAUGCCGGCGGUGGGCCCGUCGAAAUCGGUUCCGGUAUGUCUGCCCUCGCCUAUUCAAUGGUGCUGGGCCGUCGCCAGGAACGCAUGAUGUUGAACUUCCGUCCUCAUAACGUCUCCUUGAUUCUCCUGGGAACCGUUUUCCUCUGGUUUGGCUGGCUUGGAUUUAACGGCGGUUCGGCCUUUGGUGCCAACCUCCGUGCCGCUAUGGCUUGCUGGAACACCAAUUUGACUGCAGCUUUCGCGGCCAUCAGCUGGGUGGUCCUUGAUUGGCGUCUGGCGAGAAAAUGGUCUAUGGUCGGCUGGUGUUCCGGUACCAUUUCCGGUCUGGUCGCUGCCACUCCGGCUUCUGGUUUCAUCACCCCUUGGGCUAGUGUGAUCCUAGGUAUCGUGACUGGAAUUGUGUGCAAUUAUGCUACCAAGGUGAAAUACUGGAUCCGGAUCGAUGAUUCUAUGGAUGUUUUCGCUGAGCACGGUGUCGCCGGUAUCGUCGGUCUCAUUUUCAACGCCCUCUUCGCGGACGAUGCUAUCGUUGGACUGGAUGGAGUGAACACCGGCAGCGGAAUGGGUGGAUGGUUAAUCCACAACUACAAGCAACUCUACAUCCAAAUCGCCUUCAUCGUCGCCGCCUGCGCUUACACCUUCGUCGUCUCUGCUAUCAUCGCGUAUGCCAUCAACGCCAUCCCCGGUCUACAACUCCGUGCAUCCGAAGAGGCCGAGCUGCUGGGUAUGGAUGACGACCAACUCGGUGAAUUCGCCUACGACUACGUCGAGGUCCGCCGUGAUUACCUGGCCUGGACCCCCCAGAAACACGACCAACUCGAAGACGGACACCAAAUCCCUGCCGCUGCGCGGUACGGAAUUGGCGAGCACAGCGAAAUGAUGUUGGACGGCCACCCGCCCAUCGGAAUCGACAGCCGCGGCUGCAGCGAGGGCGAUUCCGGCAUCCAGGAAAUCAAGAUCGCCCCGGCUCCACGACAGGUAGCUGAGCACCACCCAGCCGACGAAGGGGCUGAACUGCCCAGGUCGGAUGAGAAAGCUCAGUGA